CUCAUCUUUUGACAUUUGAUCACUUUUUUUUCUUACAUCCCCUUUUUAUAUAACCAUGAUCCAGCGCGAAAAGAACGCAUCGCUCUUUCUCGGUGGCGAACGUACUACUGGUCAAGAUGUUCGCGCAAGCAACGUUCUUGCCGCCGCAUCUAUUGCCAACAUUGUAAAGAGCUCAUUGGGCCCUGUCGGUUUGGACAAGAUGCUUGUCGAUGAGAUUGGUGAUGUCACAAUCAGCAAUGAUGGUGCUACUAUUUUGCAACUUCUGGAAGUCGAACAUCCUGCCGGCAAAGUUUUGGUUGAAUUGGCACAACAGCAAGAUCGUGAAGUGGGCGAUGGUACUACUUCAGUCGUCGUGAUUGCUGCUGAACUGUUGAAGCGUGCCAACGAAUUGGUCAAGAACAAGAUUCACCCUACUACUAUUAUUACCGGUUACCGUCUCGCAUCCAAGGUGGCAUGUAAGUUUAUUGCGGAUCAGAUGGCCGUCAAGGUCGAUACGUUGGGUAAAGAAUGUUUGGUCAACGCAGCCAAGACUUCCAUGAGCAGUAAGAUCAUUGGCUCUGACUCUGAUUUCUUCGCCAACUUGGCUGUCGAAUCCAUGUUGGCUGUCAAGACUACCAACGUCCGUGGCGAGACCAAAUACCCUGUCAAGGCAGUCAACAUUCUGAAGGCCCACGGCAAGUCUGGCCGUGAAUCCAUGUUUGUGCGCGGCUAUGCCAUGAACUGCACCGUCGCUUCUCAAGCCAUGAAGACCCACAUUCAAAACGCCAAGAUUGCCUGUCUCGAUAUGAACUUGCAAAAGGCCCGUAUGCAUUUGGGUGUCAACAUUGUCGUCGAUGAUCCAGACAAGCUUGAAGAUAUCCGAAAGCGCGAAAUCGAAAUCACUACCGAACGCAUUCAAAAGAUCCUCGCCACUGGCGCCAAUGUCAUUAUGACUACAAAGGGUAUCGAUGACUUGUGCUUAAAAUUAUUUGUCGAGGCUGGUGCCAUGGCUGUGCGUCGCUGUAAGAAGGAGGAUUUGAAGCGUAUUGCCCGUGCCACUGGAGCCACCUUCAUAUCUACUUUGGCCAACUUGGACGGCGAAGAAACCUUUGAAGCAUCGUACUUGGGUCAAGCCGAUGAAGUUGUACAAGAACGCAUCUCUGACGACGAAUGUAUCCUCGUCAAGGGAACCAAGAUCCAAAACUCGUCCUCGAUCAUUCUGCGCGGUGCCAACGACUUCAUGUUGGACGAAAUGGAGCGUGCCUUGCACGAUUCGUUGUGCGUUGUCAAGCGAACCUUGGAGAGCAACAGUGUUGUGCCUGGUGGUGGUGCUGUCGAGUCGGCAUUGAGCAUAUACCUUGAGAACUUUGCCACGAGCGUGGGCUCGCGUGAACAGCUUGCCAUUGCCGAAUAUGCAAAUGCUUUGUUGGCAAUCCCCAAGACUUUGGCUGUUAACGCUGCCAAGGACUCGACCGAGUUGGUUUCCAAGUUGCGCGCAUACCAUAACGCUGCGUUGAACGAGGGUGCUGAUGAACGCAAGCGUGCACUCAAGUACUAUGGCUUGGAGUUGAUCAAUGGUGGUAUCCGUGAUAACUUGAGCGCCGGUGUAUUGGAACCAGCCAUGUCCAAGAUCAAGUCUUUGAAGAGCGCUACCGAAGCUGCUAUUGCUAUUCUGCGAAUCGAUGAUAUGAUUAAGGUUGCACCAGAGCCCAAGGGCGAGGAUCCUCACGGUGGUCAUGGACAUUAAAAGUAUACAUAGUACAGCAAAAAUCAAAGAAAUUUUUCACUUUCAUUUUUUCCCUCUCUUUUUCUCACAUAAAAAAAUUAUUAAACAAAGCUUGCAUAGUGAGUCCCUCUUUCUUUUGUUUGUUUUUUUUUGGGAGAAGAAACAAGGAAAUGAGUGAGUGCGUCAGGAACUCAAAGUUAAAGCCA